AUGUGGGCCGGACUGCUCCUCCGGGCCGCCUGCGUCGUGCUCCUGCUGCCGGGCACCCCGGCCCGCGGCUACACCGGGAGGAAGACGCCGGGGCACUUCGGGGCCGAGAGACGCCGGCUGGGCCCCCACGUCUGCCUCUCGGGAUUCGGGAGUGGCUGCUGCCCUGGCUGGGCGCCCUCCAUGGGCAGUGGGCACUGCACCCUUCCCCUCUGCUCCUUUGGCUGUGGGAGUGGCAUCUGCAUCGCUCCCAAUGUCUGCUCCUGCCAGGACGGAGAGCAAGGGCCCACCUGCCCAGAAGCCCAUGGACCCUGCGGGGAAUACGGCUGUGAUCUCACCUGUAACCACGGCGGCUGUCAGGAGGUGGCCCGAGUGUGCCCCGUGGGGUUCUCCAUGACCGAGACAGCGGUUGGCAUCAGGUGUACUGACAUUGAUGAAUGUUUAAGCUCCUCUUGUGAGGGCCACUGCGUGAACACGGAAGGCGGGUUCGUGUGCGAGUGUGGGCCGGGCAUGCAGCUGUCUGCGGACCGCCACAGCUGCCAAGACACUGAUGAAUGCCUUGGGACCCCCUGCCAGCAGAGAUGUAAAAACAGCAUUGGCAGCUACAGGUGUUCCUGUAGAACUGGCUUCCAUCUCCAUGGCAACCGGCACUCCUGUGUAGAUGUAAACGAGUGUCGGAGGCCCCUGGAGAGGCGAGUCUGUCACCAUUCCUGCCACAACACCGUGGGCAGCUUCCUGUGCACCUGCCGACCUGGCUUCCGGCUCCGGGCUGACCGAGUGUCCUGCGAAGCUUUCCCCAAAGCUGUGCUGGCCCCGUCUGCCAUCCUGCAGCCUCUACAGCGCCCUCCUAAGAUGCUCCUGCUGCUUCCAGAGGCAGGCCGGCCUGCCCUCUCCCCCGGGCACAGCCCUCCUUCUGGGGCUCCAGGGCCCCCGACUGGAGUCAGGAGCACACGACCACCACCUCCCUCGCCUACGCUGUCCACGUUCUCCCCUUCCGCCUCGACACCGCUGCUGUCCACCCCGGUGGCCACCCCCGUGCCGCAUCCCUCUCUGCUGGGAACCCUCAGACCUCCCGCACAACUCCAGGAGAAGACGGCGGUGACCCCUCCCUUGCCCAGGGGCCCCGAGACCACACGGCUGGCACCAGGACCCUCUGCCUGUUGGCACCUAGGGGCCACGUAUGAGUCAGGGAGUCGCUGGACAGAGCCUGGCUGUUCCCAGUGCUGGUGUGAGGAUGGGGAGGUGACCUGUGAAAAGGUGACGUGUGAAGCUGCUUGCUCCCACCCGAUUCCCUCCAGAGAUGGAGGGUGCUGCCCAUCGUGUACAGGCUGUUUUCACAGUGGCGUCGUCCGGGCUGAAGGGGACGUUUUUUCACCUCCUAACCAAAACUGCACCAUCUGUGUCUGUCUGGCUGGAAACGUGUCCUGCAUCUCCCCCGAGUGUCCCCCCGACCCCUGCCAGGCCUCCCCGAAGUCGGACUGCUGUACUUGCAUCCCAGUGAGAUGCUAUUUCCACGGCCGGUGGUAUGCAGACGGGGCCGUGUUCAGUGGGGGUGGUGAUGAGUGUACCACCUGUGUCUGCCAGAACGGGGAGGUGGAAUGUUCCUUCACACCAUGUCCGGAACUGGACUGCCCCCGCGAGGAGUGGUGGCUGGGCCCUGGGCAGUGCUGCUAUGCCUGCAGGGAACCCGUGCCCAUGACAGGCUGCUCUCUCGACGACAACGGGGUUGAGUUUCCGGUUGGACAGAUCUGGUCUCCCGGUGAUCCCUGUGAGUUAUGCAUCUGCCAGGCAGAUGGCUCAGUGAGCUGCAAGAGGACAGACUGUGUGGACUCCUGCCCUCACCCGAUUCGAAUCCCUGGACAGUGCUGCCCAGACUGUUCGGCAGGCUGCACCUACACAGGCAGAAUCUUCUACAACAACCAGACCUUCCCAUCUGUGCUGGACCCGUGCCUGAGCUGCAUCUGCCUGCCCCCAGAACGAAAGGCCUUGCGAGUUUUCUGUGUCCUGCAGCUGGGCUCCGUGGCCUGCUCACCCGUGGACUGCCCCAUCACCUGCUCCUACCCUUUCCACCCUGAUGGGGAGUGCUGUCCAGUGUGCCAAGACUGCAACUACGAGGGGAGGAAGGUGGGGAACGGCCAGGUGUUCACCUUGGACGAUGAGCCCUGUACCCAAUGCAUAUGCCAGCUGGGAGAGGUUACCUGCGAGAAGGUGUCCUGCCAGCAGGCCUGCUCGGACCGCACCACGCCCCGCAGGGACUGCUGCUCCUCCUGUCCAGAGUCCCUGGAGGAGAGCCGGGCACUGUCCCCUCGUGGAGACGUGGAGCUCAGCAAAGCAGCCCGGAGCCCCCGUGGAGACCCCGAGGCCCCCAUCAACUGCAGCUCCUGCCCAGGGCCCCCAGUGGUGGCUCCUCAGAGGCCAGCGCUCCAGCUUCUCCAGCUCCUCCUGAGAAUGAACCUGUCUAACACCCAGACUUUACCUGUGAGCCCCUCAGGAGCCCAGGCCUCACCCUCACCGUCUUCAAGGCCAGGGGGGCCCGGGGCCUCCCAGCCUCCUCAGCCCUCAUCGGGGCCUCUGAUCCCUCCAGGAGCCUCCUCUCUACCUCCGGCCUCUCCCAGGGCUCCCGGACCCCCUCCUUUGGCUCCAACGGUCCCGUCCUCCGCCUCCGGGGCCCACUCAGCGUCCAGAAGGCCUUCUCUGCCUGCCGCUGUCCCUCGUGGAGCCUCAGCCCUUUCCACAACAGGCCCCGGCGCUUCAGAGACCCCCGUCACUGUCCUCAGGCCUCGCAGGUCCUCUCCAGCCACCUCCAGACUCUCUGCAGCCCUCGUGGCCACAGCCAGCCCCAGCCCCUGGCAGCCCACCCUGGGGACCUCACAGGAGGAGGAGUCCACGGUGUAA